UUUGAGCAAGGCAGGCGUAAUUAGAGUUGAUGGGCUCCAUAAGCAUUAAUAUUGUAGUGCAUCAGCAUCAUGGGCAGUUUGAAGAAGCCUCAAGAGAUUUCAAUUCCCUGCUUGGUGGGACUGUUUUCCUACUCACUUUUUUUUUUAUGCAAGCGAAGAGGAGCCGUUGAUUAUGCGCAAAAAAAAAAAACUCCUGUUGCACCGCUGAAAUUUCCAGCUCCAAGCUUAGCAUUUGUGAUUUUUAUUAGAUUCCCGGUUCAACUCAAUAACUACUGGAGAAAAUGAUGACUUGGUAGAACGAGAACCUCCCUCCUGCCCACAUGGUAGCACAUGUAAACACAAAUCAAACAUGAGACACGAGGACAGAAAUAGCCCCUCUGAUAGGAGCUGCCUGCGUUUUUUCCGCAGCCGGAGCCGCACCGGCUCUUUCCCAGGUAUUGAUGUCAAUUAUGGAGACGUCCAUUAGCAAUAGAGUAUUCUGAGGAGAGUCAAUUUUGGCCAUGUCAUGCAGUUCACUUUCACAUUGAGGAAUGACCCCGGGAGGCAGCUGGGUUCAGCUAGCACUGGGGCUAAUGGCCCUAAUGCAUGAUACAAUAAACAUGUGCCUUUAUAAACCAGCCGGAACCUCUUACUGUGACAGCGAGGCUCUCAAAUGACACACACUCGACAUUAAGCCUGGCCCAUAAGAGUGUGUAGCAUAGUGUGAUUACAUUAGCAGUGUGUUCUACACUGUGCAGUAUGGCUCAAUGAGGUGAAGCUAGGAUAGUAAUUACUUCCAUUCCGCUUUGUGCUCGUGUUGUACAAUGAGGGGGAAACAGCUGGUUCUGAGGUCACCUAUCCAGUCUUGGUGAAUUUGUCCAUCAUAAACACACAUUAGAUCUUCAAACGGUUCCUCUGUAGCUGCAGUAUGGUGUGAUACCCUCCAAUGACAGCCUGAGCAGAAAUCUCACACAUAAAUAUAUACUGCGCCACAAUCUGCUUUUAGCUACACUGCAGAGAUAAAAACCAAGCUUUGACCUAUCUCAUGAGGCAUGAUAUAUUGACCCGGGUGUAUCUCCAGCCAGGUGCACACAUGGGGAAACUGAUACAGUGUCAUAAAGUGUUUGAGCCAAACUGCAGUCAGACCUUCCUGCCACAUAUGAGCAGUGUGGAGUACUUUCUUUUUGGAUUGAAUUAAACUAAUUCCAGUCAAACUCAUUGUGUAAAAUUGUAUGUGAAUGAUGGAAGAGGUAAGGUAGGAUUUUAGACAAAACGUUAGAUUCAAGUUGAAGUCAAGCUCCUGGUUUGUGUAAUGCAUAGUAAUUUGUAGCCUGAGGCAGAAUGCAACUCAUGUCCCACGAGUGAAUUAUCAAACCUAAUGACAUGCAAACAUCAAAACUACAGAUUUCAGAGGUGAAGCUCAUCACUGUAACGUCUUGAAACUAUGCUCUAAGUGUUCACACAUGGUCUUGUUAAAUUCAGACGGAUCAGUCUCUGAAAAAUAUAAAAACUACAGUGGUUUAAGUGUUUCACCAGACAGCAGGAUAGCUUUUUUUUAACUACAUGCAAGAGGAACUUGGCCCAAGUCCUUCAGAGCAUGCUGCAAGACCAUCACAGAGGAGUUUCUUGCAUUUCUGCAGAUUUAAAAAGUUAGCUAGUGCCAAAAACCAUGACAAUAUGACAUGUACAUGACAAGAAAACGAUGUUUGGUCAAAGUUAUGAAACUUUUAUCCAUGCAUGCACAUCAACUUUUUGCCUAAACCUAAUUUGUGAUAUGGUGCUACCAUGAGUUGUUGUUCACAACAACAUUUUUUUCAUCAGCAUUCAACGGUCUGGCAACCUCAAAUCUAACUUUUCAAACUGAAAGAACGUGAAAACACAUAUAUGAAGAUAAUGACUUCUUAACUCCAAAACGAAGACAUCAAAGAAACACAUAAACACAGAACUUGAUCAGUAUGAAAACAAACUCUUUCACAGCCAUAUUCCCCUUUUGAUUUAAAAAACAAUGCUUGGCAGACAUCUCUCAUUGAGUCAAAAGCUAAAUAAGGCCUCAUCAAGGCAAAAUAACUCAGAGGUGAAGACAGAAAAACUAACAGCUGCAGACGGAAUACACGAUGGGCAACAUGCUGUUAGGGAACACAGUAUUUGUUAUUGACCUCUGGAGAGCGCAUCCACUAUUUAAUCUGCUGUUGUACAGACCUGUCUGAACCUGCAGUCUCAGCCUUGUGCACCACAAAUGCCUUCAUAAUUUGCCCUUGCUGUUAUGUCAGGAGAAUGAAGAAAGUACGAGGAGAGCAGAUGGAUAGAGACUAAGUCGACUGGUUGGUUUGAAGUUUUCAAACUUUCUGCGCAGCAUGAGGUUUUGAACUCUCGAAUCUAGGAUUAUUCUGGAACAACAGUGGAGAGGCUGUGCAAAAAUCAUUAGAGGUUAAAGUGUCCAAGAGUCACCGCUGGAGGAUUAACCGUGAGUAUUUUACAUAUCAUAUUAUUUUGUGGGGGUAUUAAAGUGAGACUGCCUCUCUUAAUAUGCUCAUCAGGCAGUGCUUUACAUCAGCAAUGAAUUAUAGUACAGUUUUAUCCCUACCUAAAUAUAGACUAAACCAGUAGGGCCUGUGCCCAUUUUGAGUGUUAUGUCUCUUUUUACACAAGCAGUUGUUUUUUUAACACAAAACUAAUGCAGUUCAGUGUGCAAGUGUACAGCACACAAAACCAGGUUCUGUGUCAGAUGUUUUUGCUACAGGACUCCCACUUUUGAAUACCAGAGUUUGCGUUAGUGGACACAGGCCCUUACUCAUAACACCAACCCUUUUUUUAAUGAUUUUCUGGACAUUUUUUCCUCCUUCUCUUUUCCUGCUUAUUUCCAGAUAAGAUGAGAAGAACUUAAUUUAUCCCCAAUGGGAAAUUAAAUUAUUAGAAUUAUUAUUCAUUGUAAUUUAUUACUAUUAUUGGAUGUUUAUGUAUCUAUAUAAAGACAGUCAAAUAUAAUAAAUAACAGUCAAUAGAGUAAGAAAUGAGUAAGAAAUGAGUAAGAGAGAGUAAGGAAUGGCAUGCAGUAGGGGAAAAGACUGGAAUUGAACCUGGGCCUCCUGCUUUGAGGCCAAUAUUCGUGGGAGGUGAUUGAGUAAAGCUGAAAUAUAAAAUGCUGGUUUGAAGGACAAAUGCCUGUCAGAGCACUCAGAAGAGGUAGUAGUGAGUACGCAUGUGAAUGUGUACGGUGUACCCACAGUUGGAAUAGUGGGUGGGUGUCUACAUGGGUGUGUGAAUGAAGAGGUAAUCUCAGGAGUGAAUGCCUGGCAAAGAGCAAAGGGAUGACCUCCUCAAGGAGGAAAUCGAGAAGAAGAGGGGAGGACCAUAAAAGCAGAGGAGGGAAAAAUAAAGAAAAAUCUAUCAGGAAGAAGAAGAAGAGGUCAUGAGGACAGCAGAGCAGAGGGCAGGGAGAGGAGGAGGAGGACGGGAUUGGUCUGUGAUGAGGACAGUACGACACACGGCUCUGAUUAGAGACUUUACAGAAAGCUGGAAAGACUGUAAGACAGACUUCAAGCUGCCCACAGUUGGCCUUUUCUCUCAUCUACAGCACAGAUCCUCUGUCUCACAAAUCCCAGCAGAGAGCACUUCUAGUGCCAAUGUCAGGACGGACAGGCUUUUAGUUUAAGACAAUUCUUUUUGGGAUCUUCGGCCACACACCAUUCUGCGUGUUUUUAUGCUUGUUUUAGGGCCGUUAGUCACUUAAGUCCCAUCUAGUUUCUCCAGAAAAUCCUACCAAACGUUUUACUUUGAUUCAAAUUUUUUUUUAAUCUCCUAUAAAACUAAGUUGCUAAAGUGAGACGUAGAAGACACGACUGUCAUACACAAAUCACAAGAUAAUACACUACCAUGGGAGUUUGCAAUUCGUGCUAUCUGUAUGAGCACUGUUUGACCCUCAGUGAGUCAGUUUUAUGACACGACGCAUUGUGAAAAGUAGUUUAAAAUAAAUGAUUACAAAUGAAGCAUCGCAGUGAAAAGAGUGGAGCAGGACCAGCGCUGUCUGAUGUUGAACGGGAUCCUUCUUCAAACAUAAUCGAACUUUAGUCCAAGGGUAUUUUUAUAAAACCCAGAGGCCUCGAAAAGCAUCUAGACUGAAUCUAGACUCUUAAACCAUCUAUUUUUACCUUUUAAUGAGGUUAUAAGCUCUUGAAUUUAGUCCUUUUACAAGACAUACAAUCAACCACUUGUUACUGUGUGCGUCAGUUUCUAUAAGGUGACUUACAAAGAGAUAACUAAUUCAUGCUCAAGUGAGAAAAAAUAUGGUGGAAGGUCAGAUUAAUAUUGACAAAGAAUAAUACAGUGGUAAAAGCAGAUCUUAGCCACAAUUUGAGAAAAAUGCACACAAGGGCAAUUCAGAAAGCCCAUUUUCAGCAAGCGGCAGCAUUUAGAGAGCUUCAAAGAAAAUCUCUUCACUGGGCCAAGAAAACAAGUGUAACACUCCACACACAAAUGUACAAUAUAAUAGUCACCAGUGAAAUGGAAGAUAUGCAAAGGCACAUAAUAUGCUGGUCCAAUUGUUUGUAUCAGGAACAAAACUGAGCAUAAUUGGUAUGCAGAGAAGCAUGCAUAAUCUUGCCUUUUUUAUAGGUCUACUGUGACCCGGUUAGUGCACUCAAUUUCACAUAAACACAGAAAUCCAGCCCUGACAUAUUCCAAAAAUGUUUGUUGUGGCCAAAGGAGGAGCCUUCUUAUGUCUCCCAGCGGGGUGUCUUGCGUGUCCACAUGCAGCCCUCGCUGUCUGAAUUUUAGUGUUGCCACAAGGACCAUUUGUCGGAAAAGACUUUAUGCACACGGCUCAUGAAUAUAACAUUUUCCUGAUUCAGCCAGGUGAACUGUGGUGAGGUGACAACCACUUUAAAAAAGAAGACUCUGAACAUGGCAUGCCUCGCUAACACACGGGCUAAUCAUAGUGUGUACAUGCAGACCGGCAUGCUGAGGCAGUUGAAGAUACAGAGGAAUUUCUACUAACAAACUGUAUGUAUUUGAAUGUCAAAACAUAAAUGAUAAACACUGACCAAAACACAAAAAAUAAGGUUGCGUUUCAGGAGUCCUCGGAAGUCAGAAUUUCCAAGCUCCGAGUCAGAAAUUCAUCUGAAACACACCCCUGAAGUCGGAUUUCCGCCUCGGAAUGUCGGACGAUCUUCACCAACCCCAACUUGACGACAACGUCAUAAUCCAAGCAGCUUGUUGCAUCAACAGUAAAGAGUAACAGUGAAAGCUCUUGUAAUGUAUUUAUUAGUGAUUCUGUUUUGUUUUUGUGAAAUUCAAUAAGUGGUAUAAGUUGUACUGCCUAACAUCUAACUGUGAAAACGGUGCUAUGGUGUUCAUAAGAGUAAAAUACUGCAUUAUGUCUUGUUUACAACUGGUAUAGCUAACAACUAACAAUGGCUAACAACAGCUGACAACCGCUAACAACAACUGACAAUUGUAAACAACAGCUAAUAAUGGCUAACUGUAGGUGUCCAUCUUGGUUUUCCGUCUUGUGAACUGGAAUGUCGUCAACUCGGUUGUAACGCCACUCCCAGCUCCGACAUCUGACCUCAAGGGUCACUGGAACGCAGUAUAAGAACUGCAGAGGUGAUUAGGUGAAGAACUUUUUUUUUUUUAAAUGCUCAACACAGUGUCUUCCCUGCAAUCUAGGAACCUGCAAGUGAACACAUCAAGCAAAUGGAGUGAUAGAGAAGAUUAAAAGUAAGAAAGAACCGCUGUUGAUUGUGCAUUUUUGGCGUGCAAAUACAAUUCACAGCUAUCAGGUCCUGUGAUGAUUGAAAGCCUGGCACUGCCUGUUGCCCCCCUGGUAGUUGAAUGAGUAAGAAAAUGAAGAGUGGCGUGUACACAGAAAAGAAGGCAUUUUGAAAGCAGCAGAAACCGAACAACCAGACUAUCAUUCCUCCUGUUUACCUCUUGAUGAAAUCCCUCAGACAAGCUGACGAUGAAUCCCUCAUGAGUACAGUACACGUCAACCCAGCUUUGUUGAAUGCGUCAUAUUUAUAGUACUAUUAGGGUCUGUGCAUUGGAUUAUGAGCUGUAACUCCACAGAGGGGAUCACACAGGCAGUGUCUUGUGUAUUGCUUCAUUAUCAUGAAACACGAAUGAGGUCUCAAGUUUGAACAAAAAGUCGACUUCAAUGAAGUCUGGAGGAAAGAGAGCAUGUGAAGUUUCCAUUUCAAAGGCUUGAACUCACAUGCCGCUGUUACAACAUACUGUAAACAGAGAGAAGCGCGUGAUACCUGUUGUGGAAGCGAGCUCCAAGAAGGAGAAAGAUUCAGGGAGAACAUUUAAAGGCAGGGUGUUAUGCAUGUACACAUCACGCUUUAGCUCUUAUCUGGUUCAAACAGCACAUCUGUUCAAAACAACAACAUAUGAAAACACACUAUUUGAAGAAUGCAAUCAGAGAUGGUUAGGUUGCCGUGACAGCAAGGCGUCCCCUUCAUCUCUCUCCACGCAAACAGAACCCUUCUUCCGCGUGGUGGGAGGCGGCAGGCGGUGGCAGCUGCGUUUUUGGCGAGGGCCCUGCCUCUACAACACGCCCCACGCUUUGUGGAGUUCACAAUUAUUGGCGCCCAUGUGUGAAAAUAUGAUGUUUGUUGAGGGCUGCUACAAGUGUUUCCAGUAAUAAGAUGGCAUGUGGCAGAAAGAAAGCGGCGCAGCCUCAGUAAACAGACAAAGUUAUCUCUGAUGAGAUACUAAACGCACAGCAGGAAGUAGCUCACACGCAAACGCCAGCCAUCUGAGAUCCCCCUGUUUGAUGCAAAUGACUUUUUUUGGAGCGUUUGAAUUUCAUACAUGCAUGCUUAUUUUUGCAUUAGUUUCAGUCUAAGACGACCCCAAAGACGUGAGAAAAAUUAAUGUCACGCUUUGGCCAACAUAUCUGCACUUCACAAGAGUUCUGACCAUUUGAACAUUUCGCACUGCUUUAACACCAGAUAAGUGAACCUCAACAAGACCUUAAUGAGAUUUACGGUAAAGACUAGCGAAAGACUUCUGAUCUUUAGGUGUACUCAAGGUGACUUUGAUUUGCAUUUUACAAAUGACUAGUACACUCUUAAUAACUUGGUUAUUAGUAUUUUCUUUGUCAUCUUCUAAAACAUUUACACAAGACUGUUUUCAUAAGAGGUAUUUAAGUCGACAUAAACUAAGUUCCUCUCAGUAGCUUUAAGAAAUAAUCACUUACUGAGUAAAUGGUUUGGGGUUUCUGUCUAUUUUAAGGGGCAUUUAAUUGGACUCAUAGUAGUCUUUUGAAAAACUACAGCAAUAAAUUAUUAAUCGAGAUCAAGCUGUAAAAAAAGUUUCAUUUUUUUAAGUGUUGCAAUAACCUUUUAAUCCUGACUUCUUCAAGCUCCUGAGGAACUUUAAGCUGGUCGUGAAAUACUAUGAAAAUGAUAGUGAUUCCUACUUUUAACCUACAAAAACAAAACCAAUUAUGAAUGACAAGAACAAGACUUUAAAUAUUUACAUUUUUAAUACCUCAAACUGUUGCUAGGGAGCAGACAAGUGAGAUAACAUCCUCUUCCUAAGCAAAUAUUAACAAUUUAAAAGCAUGUUUACUGUUACAACUAAGCAGGAAGAGAUCCUUUGUCAGAAAAGAAACAAAUUUGGGAUAUAUAGAUGUACUGGGCACACAUAUCAACAUGUACCUAAAGUUCCUCACAGCAUUUUAAAGACGUGUGAAUAAGACUGCUUUUCAAAGUGAAUCUAAAAUUCCUAUUUUAUCUGUUGAAUUUGCCAAAUUUGAUUCGAUUUCAUUUUUAAAAUCUCCUCAUUUCUAGAACCUGGGAUUUUUGGGGUGUUGGUGAGCAGCCACCUCAUGCCAGUAUGAUCAUAACCAAUUACAAAUCAUCCAAUCACUCUGAAGAUAAUGUGGCAAAGUUGGUGCUCGGCCUUGCCAAGGAUAGCUGAAGACAAAUUUCACGCUAGAUUAAAGCUGGCCAAUUGUAUGCCACUUUCAAUUAAGCUCAUUUUCUCCUGCACAAAAGCACACAAUUGAGAUAUUUGGAGAGAUUUUAAAAAUUAACCAUGCAGGGACUCACAUAUCUUGAUUCAAACCGGGUUGUGACAGAAGAGGUUAGUCCUGCGACGACUGGAAUCAAAUUAGCUAUUUGCUUACACUUGCAGAUUGCAUGUUUAGCAUUCAAUCAAUAUUUGGUGUUGUGGCACAAUAACUUUUUGAAAUGCAAUUAGCUUCAUGGCACGGGGAGAUAUAUGUAAAGUGUUUCAGCAUGAAUAGACUUGAUUCAGGUUGUCCAGUGCAAUUAUCUGCAGAGGGGGAAGUGGCAAAGCGAGUGGCAAUUUGGCCCCAGCUCGCACACACACACAUACACACACAUACACACCCCACUGUUAUGAUUACCUUUAUAGUCCCCAUUGAUUUCCUGAUGACAUUAUGACUUGUAAUUUUCACAAGCAAUCUCCAUGAGAAGCAGCGUGGUGUUCAUUUGAAAGUCAUGAUUUCAGUUCUCUCCUUCACCCUGGGUAUAUAGUAUUCUUUCUCUCUCCGUCCUCCUACUCCCCCAUGCACACAUACACAAACAGAUGGGAAUUUCUAAGAAAUUAAAAUCCCAUUUUUGGCUCUGGUUCAAUCCUUUCUCUCUCCCCACCUCUUCCCCCAAAAGCUUCUGGCGCAGAAAUGGCCAAUUCAUGACGGCAGAGCUGAGUGAGCACAGGAGUGCGCACAUUUACCCGUGGCAAUUUCCUCUAACAAGAUGAGAGGUGUGCUUGGUCUCAUGUUUGAUGUGAUACAGGUAAGGAUGUUGCCUUUUUAAGCCCUGACAAGUGCUCUGUAAUAUCCCUCUAGGCUAAAUACUCUGGCAUGACCAUCCUCUGGAAAGAGAAAGGGAGGAAAAGUGAUGGAGAAGAGGGAAAAAAGGGGGAGACACUUCACAGUCUAGGUGAUACAUGUGUAGUAUUUACAGCACCACUUUUCUUAAGCAUUCGGCUUAUCUCGUAUCCAAUAGACAGCCUCGUUCAUAGUGGGAGAGAUAUGAGAAGGGGUUCAGUGAUAACCUCCAUCUCUCGCCCCCUUUUUCCUUAUAAUCAAAGUCGCUCGCCACUGCCAGCAUCGCACUUGCGGCAUGAUUUUGCCUCUCGAUAGCCCGCCAUCCCUCUAGCAAUUACAGUUCUGACAGCUCCACUAAGACACGCUUCCCCGCUAUAAUUACCCAUGGCGUAUUUAUCCAGGGUGGGUAUGUAAGUGUGUAUGCGUGUGUGCCAGGCCAAAGGGGGGGUUUGGACUUGUAAUAAUGAUCAUCGCAAAACCUGAUCGUCUAACAGGGUGGCAUGUUUGCGCUAAAUAGAAAAGGAGAUCCCCAUUAUGUCCCUUUCACUUCUGCGAGAGUCUGCCUAACAUGUUAUUAGAGAGCACUGCUUAGCAGCUUGUCCUGAUAGAGAGACUCUAUUCUUUAUCCAGCACUUGUAUACUUCUCCUGUUGAUGAGCACAAUUUGGGCAAUCAGGUGGGUGAAGCUGCCUUUCGGAUGAAGACAGACGGCUGAUGAGGGUCAAGCGUUUGCCGUGGUUCCCAAAAGCUUCCUCUUGUGAUUGAAAUAUAUGAUGAGAUAAAGAGGAUGGAUUGCCUCCAGGUAAAUAGGUGAGGUUUCACUGCUUUUCCUCAGUGGCGACCCCAUCUGAUGAGAUCACAGUUUGAGCUGAUGAUACUUGCAGCCGCCUUAGGCGCAAAGAAAAAUCUGAUUGGAGCAAGUUCACUCACAUUACUUGCAACCAAUUCAAAGCCUUAAAGUCGGUAAAUCCAGAAAGUAUUCAACUGAUUAAAGUGUAUUUUGUCUUAAACAGCAAAAUAACACACCUGUGUCCCAUUUAAUGAAAAACACACUUUUCGCUGCCUUUACAUGCAUACUGAAUUUACAAAGCCAAGCAACCCUUGAAAACACCUCUGUGUUAGGAACUACAGGGAAAUCGACAAAGAACUUUGAAUUAACACCUGUAAAAGUCUUAGAUUUGUGGUCACUCAGUACUUUUACAUGACACUCGAGAAAACCAUAUUAUUGCCUCUGAUUAAGAUCGGACAACUGAAGUGCAUGUAAACACCUUAGUCUGACUAUAAUCAGAGUUUGAGAACUCCGAUUGGAGUCAGAGAACUCUGAUUAAGACACCCAGAUAAUGCGAUGGGAAUCCUAUUUUCUCUACCAUGUAACAGCGUAGUCGGAGUAUGAUCAGACAAUGCAUGUGUAUGUGUGACACGCCCCCGUAACCCUGGAACAAAAAAAAAAAAACAGAAAAAGUGACACUAUCAUUUAAAGAGCUUUUGACUCAGAGGCAACUGCAACAUGGCUGAAGCGUGAAAGAAUAUCCACUUUUGGAACGACGGGGAGAGUGCCGUUAUGCUUUCCAUCAUGAAAGAAAUGGACAUUUUAAAGUAUAUGGACGGUCGCAAAACGAGGAAUGGGGACAUCUCCAAAAAAGGUCCGGAAACAGUGCCGCUGAAAAGACCAAUAUCGCCCCCUAGUUUUUGGGAGGAGGACAUGUUCACGUCAUUAAUCCGAUUUUCUCAGGUGCAUGUAUACGCAGACAAGGAGAGAAGUCCGAUUCAGUAAAAAAAAAAAACGAAUUAUGAGCUUAGUCUGAUUAAGCUGUGCAUGUAAACGCACUGAGUGUUAACUUAUCAAUACCUUAAAGGAUAAUUUAAUUAAAAGGUUUACUAUGUGUGUCUAGCAGCUCUGGACAGUUUAUUGGGGGAGAGAGGUCGUCAAAAAUGGCUUCUCUCAUAAAAAAGUUUGUGACUCUGAUUCUCCUGGUGCACUCGCCGUGUUUGUUUUGGUAUCUCUUGGCUCUGAUUCUGUCUCCCCUCAGACAACAUUCAGACAGCCAUUAAGGACAAUGUCUUAGUAUUAUGGCAUCCCCGUCUACUUAGAUUACUGCAUAUAUCUAGGUUCACUGUGAGGCUCCUCUACAGAGGCACCAUUUGUGAUUUUAUUCAUGUAUUCUGAAGUAAAUUUAAAACAACGCUUAAAAGGCAACUAAGAAAUGUUGCUAACAAGAAAAAAAGUAAUGCGGGAUCUUAAGGUAAAACAGAAGAAUGGGAGCAUGUAAGUUGACGAGACAAAUGUGCAAAUGUAUUUGGGCAUUUUGCAGCAGAAAAGUACAAAAAAAGAUAGUCCCAUUUCUUCCCCAGUACAACAUUAGGAUUGUGUUUCCUGGGGAAUGUAAGUAUCAAAGUAGGCUAUCCAUUUGCAAUGUGUAUUACCCUGGAGAUCCAUAAUAUGAUUUAUCUUUACACCAUCUCAUUCCAUCAUUUUACAGUGUGAUCAUUCAGCGGAUUGCCUUGAAUUUUUUGCAUCGUUUUCCCUCUGCUGUGCUAAUUUUGCCACAUUAAAAAACACAGAGGGAAGGUACUGUACAGACAAAUUGUUCUUUUGUUAUCCCCCAAAGCUCUCCGGCAACCAGAGGUUUAGAUUUACAUUUGCACAGGCUUGUAAGUCGAAGUCUUAAGCACACCAUUGACAGAAAGCCGACAACUUUAGGAAAAAAAGAAAAAAGAAAUGGAUGAGACUUGACUUUGUUUGCAGUUUUCCUGCUAUUUUAGUGCGAACCUUGUCUGCAUAGUGACAACAAAUGAUGGUGGUGCAGUUUUCGGUGUUUGUGGGGGAUGCUUUCCCUCUGACGGGCUGUCACUGCGUUUUUAAAUCAGGCGUCCCAGCCUCUUCUCAUUAAAACUCAUCCAUUAGACACAUGGCCCUGAAAGCCAUCCAAACAGCGCUUGUUUUGACCCUUUUACAUCCUUUUUUCUUCAUGUGCCAGUGAGAUGAGCAGAAAAUUCGUCUGCAGCUGCUUCGCGAUUGACAACGUAAUUUUAGAUGCUCAACUGAGACCUUCUGCAGUCUGCGGAAAAAUACAAGUUUAUACAUAUAUUUCAGAUUUUUAUAAUCCCUGCAAUUUUCGUCUCUGAGCUCAAUCCUACAGACUGGCUCUAAUGCAGCGUUUCAGUCUCAAUUACAUUUAAUGGAUGGAUUAGACAUCCAGCCUAUUCAGCUUGCAUGUUAUGCAGCUGAGCAUGUGAAUUGGGUUGGAACUGCAGGGGAACACUGCUUGUUUUUUUUCUCGGGACAAGCCUCAGAGGUGUACAAGGUCUGGCUGCCAAAACAAGGCGAUGUUUGCCUCCAUCAAAAUUCCCCAAAGUUAACCCGGCAGCAAGUAAGGUGGAAAAAACGAAAUGUCUUGCAUCUCUGCACAACAGCUCAGACAUGUCACACUGCUUUUCCUCUGCUUCAAUGUUCUUAGAUUCUUGAAGAGAAUUAUACAAAAAAAAAGCAAUGCUGCCAAAGUGCUGAAGUUAUGAGUCCUUUUGUGCCAAAGGAUGAAAGACUGUCUCAUCUUCCCACAACACUGUCAAAAGUUAUACUCCUCUGUUUAUCCUCUGUGCCCCAAUGGAAAAGUUUGUGUCAUAAUUAAUAACAGCUAUAUGGACACAUUACAUCUGAGUCUUGGUGACAAAGCAUUAAGGGUUUCUCAAGGGUUUAUCGUAAAAUCCCUAAUAUAGAGCGCAAUCUGUUUCGAGGGGGGUCUCCCAGAGGAAAGAACUUGAACGGUUUACUUUUGUGAAGACUUCCAUUGUGUUUGGCGAAGUCCAAGACACGCAAUGAAUGUGUAAUUGUGUAGCUCUUUCUACUGCCAGCGGUUUUGGCCAUGUUGAGUUAGCAAUUCGGUUCCUGUUCUUUUGGCCUUUUUGCGGUUUCAUAAAAGAGUGAGGAUGGAGAGGGAAACUGGGCCAGGAGAUUGAGGGAUGACAUAUGGCAAGUUUUGAGGAGUAUAGCCUAUACAUGAGGCAGAAAAGGUCAGAGAAACAAAUCAGUGCGAAUUCAUUUUUAAUCCAAAACGAAAACUUCACUGAUUUGAGUUUGGUGCUACAGCUAAAAAGUUAGUUCCUAAAAUAGCAGAAAUUCUCUACCUGCACCUCUAAAGCUCAACUAUUAAUUCAUUAUAUCUUUUUAAUUCACACAAAAAAUGUGUAAAGACAAUAAUCCAGUCCAGUUUAUGUGCCAGACCAUUUCUUGGCUGGGACCAAAUACUUCCUGGAGACUCCGCCGGUUGCCUUCCAGCCAAGACAAAGUCUGGCACAGAACUACCAACAUUGUAAUCAUAAUGCUUCAGUUAUUGACUGUGCAGGCAAGAGAGUUCAUUGACUUUUCAUCUGGAAAGAAAACAAAGGUACUAUAAAAAAAACUGUCAAAGUGUUCACUAAAGUAAAUGAUUAUACGUCAGCUGGUGAAAAACACUCUAUUUUGUGUGAUAGUUCAUCAUUAGCACUUUUGUCACUUUAUUGUUUAAUUACAACCAUGCACUACUGAUUAGAAAGGGGAUAAUGUCUGGUGAACAGGUGAUUAUGCAUUUUAGAAUGGCCACAAGGUGAGCAGGACCUCAAAGUGAAGCUCUCAAGGCAUUAUCCUACCCAGCUACCAAGUAACAAUGAACAAAGACAUUGAUUUAGACAUGAUUUUCAGAUUUUCUAUUUACGCAGAUUCAAAAUAUUCCCUCUUCUUCCAUUCAGUGAAUAUGGAUUUUAUUAGCCUCCUUGUAGCAUAAAUUAACAUUGAACUGACAUUUUUAUUUACUGUCAAGCCUGUUUUCUUUUAAACUCCAUCAGACUGAGCAUUUCCAUUACUUCACUGAAGGUUGAUGGAUAAGGUGAACAGAGUUUCUAUCCUCAUUCUUGUAAGUUUGUAGUUCAGAGCAAUUUCCUGGAUAGCAGGACAGGAUCAUGUUCCACUUCUUUCCGAUCAAAGAUGCCUCAGGCCCAGAGAACUCAUAUUGUGAGUGUUAUUAUUUUCUGACUCUCAGGACCAGCCUGUUUUAAGUACAAUAUUUGCCAAUUUAGGAUUCUUACUGAAAACUUUUUAUGGGUCAUAGUGUGAGAGAAAACGUGCCAGACUCUUUUAUGUGGAUUAAUUUGAUAUUACAUGUGUGGUCAAGUUGUCCCUGGCCUCAGUCUUGCUGGUGGAAAUCAAUCAAGUCGUGAGGCUUUCACGAAUUAAGAGUUAAAAACAGUAAAAUAAAUAAAUAAGAAGGCACAGUGCUAUUAAAUGAUAAAGUUUCAUCAGUCUGUUUACCUCCACUGAUUACUCAUGUCUACAACUUGCAGAAAUUAGAAAAGAGAAAGUGAAGGACAUCACUUUUCAGGCGGUAUAUGAUCAAAGCUGAGCAACAUUUUGAACAUCAAAUGGAAAAUCUUAAAAGGCUCGGUAAUGAACAGAAAGGGGUUUUUCUUUUGGCCAUCCUGGUUUGGACAUGUAUUCAUUAAAUAGCAUAUUGGGAGACAUGCAGCGGGUCUUUGUCUUUCUCUGCAGACAAACUGAAUCACAUACAGUAUUACUCACACUUUGUCUCCAAAUCCCUGCACAAUACAAGUAAACGCCUCAUCAAACAAGUAUGAAAUUUCAAAACACCAGAAAUGAAUUAUAAACAUAUUAUAAAGAAACUCAACUGAGACAGAUAUGCAGGGCCUUCCUUUAAGAAAAAAUGAGGUGACUUUCUGUGUUAGCCUUUUAAUUUGUUUCAUUCAGGGAUGGGAGGGUGCUGGUUAUCAUUCCAAUUCAAGUAAUUAAAACAUCACUCUGCGUGUGCCAAAGAAGUGCUGUUUUUCUCCCUUUUUGCCUCUGCACAGGGUCUCUAAAGCAUCAGCACAUUACAAACCAAUUUCCCUAUAUCAGCUUAUAUUCACAUUUGAUUCUGUCGCAGUGCUGAUGGGAGUUGGAACACGAGUCUCUGUACACAGGAAUCUAAAUAACGUUAUGAAGCCUGGCGCAGACCUCAUUUAUAAUCCAACGCCUUGGCUGAAUUCCAUUAUGAGUUUUUCCCCUCCUUUAUUUGUGGGAAAUAAGGGAAAAGUGAGAUUAUAAAAAUGACAUCAACAUACAGUAGCUGCUUGGAAGCUGUGGCUCCAGUGUAAAAGCCACUAGGUGUACAAAAGGUAGCAGAGGACAUGGUUUUAUAAAUCAUCCUGCCUUUGGGGACGGAGACAAUGUCCCAGCUUUGCUUGCUGAACUUUUAUCAUACGCAAUUGAUACUUGAUACCCACAGAUCCUGUUCUGAGAAGAGGUCUGACUAUUUCAUGGAGGAGGAAGAGAAGCUGAAAUUUCAUCUUCCUCUCCAGUGAAAGCUGACGAACUUAUCAAGCUUACAACGCCAAUUAAUCUCAAAUGAAACAUGACAUCAUAGACAGCUGCUUUUAUCACGCACACCUGCGAGUCAAAUCAACAUCUGGGAGAAAUAAAGGGUUUCCUAGCGCAGGAGUUUGAAGCAAAAAUACCUUUGAUGUACUUUAAACUUUGCAGGAAAGUUAUUCCGCACACUCAGGUGUCACAAACGCAAUGUCAGGAUGGUGAUUC